CGCUGGUACUACCUUGCAUCACCGCUUUCACUCCAAUUAAUUCUUCACACGCCCUGUUGAACGGGGCCGUAUAAAUAUUAUUCAUAUACCUCUUGACAUCAGAACUACUUAGACGGCAUUUGAUGUUGACUGCCUGGCCUUAUCUUGUCCGAAGCAGUGUCCCCGCAUAUCAAUCAUAUCAUCCGUCGACUUCGCCCAAGACCUCCAGCAGCUGGUCUGCAUAAAAUUGAACCGGGUAUUGGAUGCCACUUCGUUGGCAAUGAACAGAUCGGCAUCAAGCUUUGAUUUAAUUCUCUACAUAUCUGAUAUCUCAACAUGGAAUCUGUAGGCAGCGUGAGUGACGACGAGCGAGUUCAGACCGCAAACAAAAUGGGUCUGGCAAGACACACGUUAGGUAUCAUACUGCUAUCGUGCGUUGUCUUCUUAUGGACAGCCUCGAAUUUUCUUGCUAGUACCAUACUGGCAGACGACAGCUACUCUCAUCCGUUUUUCAUCACAUAUGUGAACACAUCAUUUUUCAUCGUCUUCCUCAUAAUCGUCAUCUCGCGACGAAUUUUCCGAAUAUGGCGAAGAGGGAAAUUGUCCCACGUGAAGUCUUGGAAGUCCUUUCUCGUUUAUCUUGAUUCGCAUGGGAUGAAAGAGACGAUGCCUGGCGGAACUUUCGACGGAGGAGUUGAAGGAGAAGAUGAAGAAAAUAAUGAUGAGAACGAUGAGUUAGAUGAUCGGGCAAUCAUGCAACGGCAAAGGUUGCUGGAUAGCUAUCAAGAUCCCGAGGAUGUAUUCCCAACAACUGCGAAAGUUACACCAACCGGGAGAUUAGGUCUGAAAGAGACGGCGCGACUUGCAGCACAGUUUUGUUUGCUGUGGUUUUUGGCGAAUUAUUUUGCACUGGCAUGUCUGCAGUAUACGACUGUGGGGAGUACUACCAUACUGACCUCAACAAGCGGUGUUUGGACAUUGAUAUUCGGAGCCAUGAUUGGAGUAGAGAAAUUCACAGCGCGAAAAUGUUUGGGUGUCCUUGCUUCUCUCGCCGGCGUAAUCCUGAUUUCUCGUGUGGACAUGUCAACUUCAAAUGACGAGAUCGUCACACCGCCAACCAACCCAGUUGGUGAUGGGGACGAUGGCAGUUCAUUCCCCAACAAAACAUCGGCAGAGAUUGCGCUCGGUGAUGCCAUGGCCGCUUUCAGCGCGAUUGUGUAUGGCGUGUACACAAUUGUCAUGAAGAAACAGGUUGGCGACGAGUCUCGCGUCAAUAUGCAGCUAUUUUUCGGUAUGGUGGGAUUCUUCAACGUAUUCUUCCUCUGGCCUGGAUUUAUAAUCCUCCACAAACUGGACAUUGAGCCGUUCUCUCUGCCAUCCGAGAAUAGGAUUUGGAUUAUAAUUCUGGUAACCUCCACCUCCUUCUCUUUAUGGCAUAUGCUAAUGUCAAUACUGAAGAUCAAUUCCCUCUCCUCGCUGAUAUCAGAUAUCUGCUGGGCUUAUGCCAUGCUUCUCACGACCCCGCUCGUGGUGACUGUUGGGCUCAGCCUGACUAUCCCACUGUCCUUGGUAGGACAAAUCAUUUUACAGGGAGAGUACGCAAGCGUGUUAUACUGGAUUGGAGCGGUGAUAGUGUUCCUAUCUUUCCUGAUUGUCAACCACGAAAGCAAAGAAGAGGAGGAACAAAAUUUACGUACGUCGGUGAUUUUUUCUGAAGAAGGAUCUCGCACUAUUAUUGUGGAUCAAGAUGCCUUGUCAGGAAAUAUAUGACAGAUUUAGAUUCACCUAUAGCAAUUUAACCUUUUCUAGAUAGAUUUAUGUUAUUACAUGUGACGACUUUAA